AUGGGAAAGAUAAUUACCUUAUUAAAAUAAUGUGAUUUAUUUAAUCGGCCUAUUGGUUUGCAUAUGAAUAAUUCAUUUUUUUAUAGAACUUCUUUUGGAGGAAUUAUAUCAAUUUUAUUUGUUAUAUUUAUGAUACUGUUUUCAUACUCAAAAUUCAUAUAAUUUGUGAAUAAAGAUUAGGUGUUUGUAAAAUUGGAUAAAAUAUAUGAUAAUAAUCCUUUAGUAUCUAAUAUAAGCUCAAAUAGAUUUAUGUUUGCUUUAAGAAUAGUUUAGAAAAAUAAUGAUUUUCAUAAAAGACCAUAUUUUAAUAUAUCAGUUGAGCAAGGACAUUUUUUAUAAACAACUGGAGAAAAAAAAUAUCGAUAAAUAAUUAUGGAAGAAUGUAAAGAUUAUCAUUGGAAAUAAUUAAAUACGAAAUCAGAUUUAACUUCAUAAUUUUAAUAACUAGGAGGAGAUUUUAUAUGUCCAAAUUUAAAUCAAGAAAUGGAAAUAGAAGGAAUGUUUGGAAGUCCUUCUUUUAAAUUUUUGAGAAUAAGAGUAGUUCCUUGUUAAAAUUCUACAAACGAAAAUAAUUAAAAAUGGAAUCCUGUAUGUGCACCGAAAGAACUUAUUGAAAAAGAAGUUGAAAAUAAUGGUAUUAUAGAAUUGGAAAGAAAAGAUGCUACAUUUGUCGAAAUUACUAUAAGAAAAAGUCCUUAUUAAUGA